CAUUUUUCAUCAUUAAACCGUCUACUCAUAAGGCACCAUCUUAGGUUAUCAACUUAGUUGUCUCCGAUCACAAAACACUUCAAAAUCGUCCCUGUAUCAUCGCUCCCAUACAAAACUACAUGCACCUCCGCCAAAACAACCUCGGAUUUCCCCCUCAAUGCCUUGUGGCGACCAAACGAUGACUUAGUUGUUGAUUAUUUAGCAUUAUGGAAUAACAUAUUAAGAAUGGACUGAACUCGACUACUGUAUGUCAGCAGUGGAGGAGAGCGAAGGAUCAGGAGCUCGGGAGUGAUGACAUCUGGCCACUUACCCCGAUAUAAACACUCUUGUGGUUUAUUUCCAGAAGUCUUGAGUUUCGUCUUCCCGUCUGGACGAGGAGAAUGAGGUCAUAUAUUUACUGUGGUGUUUGGACGAGUGUGUGUUGUCUCCUUGUUGGACAGGUGAUGUACACUCUCCACUUAAGAGCCACCACCACCUACAAUAGCCUCACAGGAGCCACCACCACCUACAAUAGCCUCACAGGAGCCACCAUGACCUACACCCACAAUACAGGAGCCUCUAUGACCUACAUCCUCAGCACAGGAACCAUCAAGACCUACGACCAAACAACACAGCGCAGCAGGAAAGUACCAGCAGAUGUCGUCGUCGCCCCGGAGCUUGACACUGGCCACAGUGAAGAGGAGCCGCUGCCCUGGUGGGACGGUGGACAGUGUCGGUGUGAUGGUCGUGAUUGUACAGCUCAAGUGUCGCCUCCUGAGACGUCUUCCUCUCCGGUAUCUCUGAACUUCUCCUCAGCAGGUGUGGGCGGCACAUGUGGGCGGCGGGCGUGGGCGGCAGGAGGCGGCCAACGGGUAGUUAGUUUCUCCCUGUACGGCGACAACCCAGAAUACUGGGUGGGGCUGGACGACAUACUCUCCCAGGUGACGGCGGUGUACCCUGGGUGGCGGGUGCGUCUCUACACUGAUCCUCGUGGACGUGAUAGUGUUCUGUGUCCUCUCCUAGGUCGUCACGCCCACUUUGACGUCUGUGACAUCACCAACUUGCCACCACCUCUGGGCAACUUGUCUCUCCUGCUGCCAUCAAUGUGGCGGCUGUCCCCUCUCGGUGACCCACAGGUGGCGGCCAUCAUGGUACGCGACUUGGACUCAGCGAUAACAGACCGUGAAGCGAAUGCAGUGAAGGAAUGGCUGUCAUCCGAGAAGGUGUUUCAUGUAAUGCGUGACCAUCCUCUACACGAUAUUGCUGUGAUGGCUGGCAUGUGGGGAGCUCGGUGGGACGGCGACCCAGCCAGGAAGAUGCCCACCCUAAUGGCUACCCUCAGAGACACCCUGUUCACCAAGGGCAUGGGCAGACGUGGCUAUUUUGACGACCAAUUCUUGCUGACGGCUGUAGUGUACCCGACCAUGAAGGGACAAGUGAUGGCUCAUGACAGCUACUUGUGUGGCAGGUACGAGAACGACUCAAAACCUUGGCCAACACAGCGGCAGGAGGGCGCCUUCGUCGGGGCCCGCAGAUACAAGAAACAAUUUCAAAAUGAAAUAAUUCGUCAAAGGUGUCCACGAGAAUGUCGCCCACCAGAGCAUCCUGGCUGGCUAUACUGCUGAGUGUGGUCCACACCUGACUGGCUACACCCCUGGCUGGUUAUACUGCUGAGUAUAGCCCAGUGUGUGUGUGUGUGUGUGUGUGUGUUGGUGUGUGUGUUGUGUGU